AUGGGGUGCACAAGUGGCAGUCAAUGGGCAUCUUUGAGGACUCAGUUCUCCGCUUCAACCACAUCAGGCUUUGGAAAUCAAACUCGAGUCGUGAGCAAUUCACCGCUGGCGGCCAUUUAUGAAGAUGCAGACACUGAAUGGCACAGAUCUAAGAAAUGGGAGGAGGCAUCUGAGCUGGAGUUCUGCCUCACGCAACCCAGAAAACAACUGAGUGGAAAUCUGUGGGUGGAAAAUCGAGGAAGAAAUAAAUCAUUCCAGCCUGUGAGACUGAAGAGCAGGGUGAGGACACAGGACCUCCGAAAGGAUUCAGAGGUAGCGACAGCCCAGUGUCAGUCAAUGGAAACCCCUGUCACACUGCUGGUGGCUGGCCCAACAGGAUAUCGCAAGAGAAAACCGCCUGAAAGCUACUACCUGCUAUACACCCCACAGAGUGUGAUGCCCAGCCUCUUCACCACCAAGAAAGGCAAAGGGAUAUUAAUUCACCAACAAGAAAGGAAAAGAGACAUUAAGACCCAGGCCCCGUUCGCCCACUUCUCCUGCCUCUAUCCAUCUCCAUAUGACAAAGCAGUGGCACACACUUCCAGAAAUAUUGAGAAGGAGGACCUGGACAGAGGCAAUUUGGAGAGGAUCUUGGUGAGCCAGGGUGCCAGGCGCCAGCUUCUGCAAGGCUGGAGCAGAAGAGACCGGUCUGGGGAGACAGAAACCAGCUUGGAUUUCCAGGGCCAAGUCAGGCUGGGUGGCCAAGUUGUCCGGGUCACACCUGGCCUGUGCCAUCACCCUGUCCCCUGCUUGUUCUCUGAGCUUCAGCUGUCGUGGGCAUGGGAAGUGCUGCUUGCCAAGUGCAGGGGAAAAGGAAGCUUUGAAGUCGUGCAGAUAGAGGAAGAAGCUAUUCGGUUGGAUAGGUUAAAUGCAGCACAGAUAAGAGAACUUACAGAGAAAUCAGAAAAGUUUGCCUUCCAAGCUGACGUUAACAGGAUGCUGAAACUUAUCACCAACUCUCUGUAUAAAAAUAAAGAGUUUUUCCUGAGAGAACUGACCUCAAAUGCUUCUGAUGCUUCAGACAAGACAAGGCUCCUCUUACUAACCGAUUAGAAUGCAGGUGCUGGAAAUGAAGGGUUAACAGUGAAAAUUAAGUGCAACAAAGAGAAAAAUCUGCCUCAUGUAACAGACACUGGUGUAGGAAUGACCAGAGAGGAGUUGGGGAAAAACCUUGGUACCAUAGCCAAAUCUGGAACAAGGGAGUUUUUAAACAAAAUGGCAGAGGCCCAAGAAGAUGGUCAGUCAACUUCUGAACUGAUGGGCCAGUUUGGUGUCGGUUUUCAUCCUGCCUUCCUUGUAGCAGAUAAGGUCAUUGUCACAUCAAAGCACAUCAAUGAUACCCAGCACGUCUGGGAAUCAGACUCCAGUGAAUUCUCUGUGAGUGCUGACCCCAGAGGAAACACGCUGGGUCAUGAGACAACGAUUACUCUGGUCUUAAAAGAAGAAGCAUCUGAUAGCUUGAAUUGGAUAUAACUAAAAAACCUCAUCAGGAAGUAUUCUCAGUUCAUCAACUUUCCCAUCUACUUGUGGAGUAGCAAGACUGAGACUGUUGAGGAGCCCAUGGAAGAGGAAGAAGCAGCAAAAGAAGAGAAGGAAGAAUCUGAUGAUGAAGCUGCAGUAGAAGAGGAGGAGGAAAAAAAGAAACCAAAAACUAAGAAAGUUGAAAAAACUGUGUGGGAUUGGGAUCUUAUGAAGGAUAUCAAACCAAUAUGGCAGAGACCAUCCAAAGAAGUAGAAGAAGAUGAAUACAAAGCUUUCUAUGAAUAAUUUUCAAAGGAAAGUGAUGAUCCCAUGGCUUAGAUCCACUUUAUUGCAGAAGGGGAAGUUACCUUCAAGUCAAUUUUCUUUGUGCCCACAUCUGCUCCUCGUGGUCUGUUUGAUGAAUAUGGAUCUAAAAAGAGCGAUUAUAGGAAGCUGUAUGUGCACCGAGUAUUCAUCACAGAUGACUUCCAUGAUAUGAUGCCCAAGUACCUUCAUUUUGUCAAAGGUGUGGUGGAUUCAAAUGAUCUACCCCUCAGUGUUUCCCAUGAGACUCUUCAGCAACACAAAGUGUUCAAAGUGAUUAGAAAGAAGCUUGUCCAAAAAACUCUGGACAUGAUCAAGAAGCUUGCUGAUGAGAAAUACAAUGAUACUUUCUGGAAAGAAUUUGGCAGCAAUAUCAAGCUUGGUCUGACUGAAGCAGGUUGUAUCUAUUCACAUGUGUAA